AUGCCGCCACAACAAAGGCAGCAGGAGCUGCUGGCGCUGCUCUCCGCGAUUCCUCCCGCGCUCCUCGGCGCCGCGGCCGCCGCCACGGACGCGGACCACGGCUUGCCGGCGGUGCACUCCUCUUCACCAGCGCUCGCCGAGGCGCUGCUGAUCGCACCGCUGCGCAGCGGUCUCGGAUCGGCGCCUCCUCCGUUCAUCACGCUCGAGGCGGCGGUGGCGCUCCUCUCGCUGCUCGAGCCUGAGGGCCGAAGCCAGCUCCUGGCCAUUGCUCGAGGGAUGCACCGGCCGCCGUCUCCGCUGCUGAGCCGGGCGCUUCCGCGCGGCCCGUCGCUGCGGGUGCUGGUGACGGGCGCCACCGGCUUCCUCGGCGGCGCUGUGGCGCAGCUGCUGGCUGCGACGGGCGCCGAGGUGACCGCCACCGGCCGCGACGAGUCCAAGGCGCCCGCGUUGCUCGCCGUCGGCGCGGCUCGCUUUGUGCGCGCGGAGCUGUCGCUGCCCGAGGAGGCGGCGGGGCUGUGCGCGGGCCAGCACGCGGUGGUGCACUGCGCCGCGCUCUGCGGCACCUGGCCGCCUGUGGUGGCCGAGGCGUGGGGCGGCGCGGCGCACACGGCUGCCAACGUGGACGCGACUGCAAACCUGCUCGCCGGCUGCGCCGCGGCGGGCGUGGCUCGGUUCGUGCACGUGUCGACGCCGUCGCUGUACGUCUCCAACGGCCGCGGCUCGCUCGCCGAGGAGUGCGGCGUGGGCGGCAUACCCGAAUGGGCCGUGCCGCCGCGCCACCUCGCCCAGCCGAGUUGCUACGCCGCCUCGAAGCUGCAAGCCGAGCGGCUGGUGCAGGCGGCGGCGGGCGGAGGCGGGGCGGGCGGAGGCGGGGCGGGCGGAGGCGGGGCGGGAGGCGAGGCGGCGGUCUCGGCCGGCCUUGUGACGGUGGUACUGCGUCCGCGCGCCAUCUUCGGCGUGGGGGACCAGCACCUCCUCCCGCGCCUCCUCGCCUCGCUGCGGGCCGGCCGGCUCCCCGUCACUUCGCCUAGAUGCCGGUCACGUCUCCUGGUCAUCGACCCGCACGCGGUCCGAAACGUCUCGCACGCCUGCGCACUCGCGCUGCGUGCGCCCGCCGCUGCCGUCGCCGGCCGAACCUUCAACAUCACUAACGACGAGCCCAUCUUGUUGUGGGGUCUGAUGCGCCGCCUGACCGACGAGCUCGGCCUGCCGCGCCCGUGGCUGAGGCUCCCCUUCCCCUCCGCCGACGCGGCCGCGCGCCUCUCCGAGCCCGCCGUGCUCGCGCUGCAGCGGCUCCGCCUGCUUCGCCGCGACUUCGAGCCAAAGCUGAGCCGGUACGCAGUCGCCGCGAUCGGCCGCACCACCGUCCUCGACGUGUCGGCCGCGCGGCAGGCGCUCGGGUACGCCCCGGUCACCUCGACGCAGGAGACGCUCUCGGAGGUGAUUGCGGCGCACGCAGCCAUACCCCCGGCCACCAUCCGCCGGCCGGGCGCGCGCCGCGCCGUCUUCUCCCAGGCCGCCUUCGCCGCCGCUUUCCUCGCCGCCGCCGCCGCCGCCGAGGCAUGGCCGAGCCGAGGCGCUCGCCACCUCGCCGCCCUCGCCGCAGCUCUCGCGCUCCUCGCCUUUGCGACUCGCGCCGCAGCCGACACGGCGCCGCAGCGGCACCGGCGCCGCGCCGCGGCGAGGGCUCUCUCCCGCGGCGUGACGCCCGGCACGCCUCGCGGGCUCGCGUCGCCGCCCAGCUGUGGCCGAGGCUCCCUCUGCGCUUCCCCCCUCGACAGCCCGACGUCGGCGGCCGCGCCGCUGCACUUUGGGCUCCCGCAGCCUGCCCUCGGCGCCGGAAGCGAAGGGCGGCAGCACCGCCUCCGUUCGCCCCUCGCCCCUCUGCUCGAUGCCGCCGCCACCGCGGCCGGCGAUGCCGCCGCCGCCCCCGCCGCUGCCGCCCCUGACGCCGCCGCCGCCGCCGCCGCCGCCGCCGCCGCCGCGUCUGGGGGAGAGCAGGAGGAAGCCGCUCGCAGCAUGACUGGCGGACCGUCGCUGCGCGUUGAGACGGGCGAUGUCACCACCCCGCCCAGCACCUCCGCCGUCGCAUCGCCCGCCACCCCGACUGUGGUUUCCGCGUCGCUGGCGGAGGCGCUCGCCCGGUGGGCGGCCGAGGCGCCGCAGCGUGCGGCGCUCGUGCACACGCGCGACGACUUUCCCCGCCGCGGAGUCGCUGCCGCCGCGGCUGCGUCCGCCGGCCUGGCCGCCACCGCUGCCGUCAUGGUGGUUUUCGCCGCCUCUUGGGCCCUGAUGUUGGCGGCGGCGACGGUGGCGGGGGCGACAGCGGCGGCAGCGGCCGUCGCCUUGCAGCGGAGUGAGGCGAGCAUACUGUUCGCGGCGCAGUUUGAGACCAUCCGCUACGGGGCGCUGCACGCCCACGUCUCGCGCUUGACCGCGACGCUCGCUGCGGCUGGCAGUGAGGAGGGGUCGCGCGUGCUGCUGCUGACGCCGCCGCCGACGGCUGCUGACACGGUCUCUUUGCUGGCGGCUUUGCGCGUCGGCGGGGCGACGCUGGUGAUUGGUCCAAGCGUGGGCUGCGCGGGGGGCGCGGCGCAUUGCACGGCGCGGCUGCGGCCGGAUCUCGUGGUUGCGUCGCGCGGUGCGUACAUUCGCUGGCGUCUCGCGCUCCUCUUUCGCCGUUGGACGAGGGGGGAGACCAGCGGGACCACGCCGCCGCUCCUGCCGAUCGACCGGCUUCCCGCCUUUGGCAGCGAGGAGGGCGGCAGCUAUCGGGCAAUGCCUCGGCAUGGCUUGCCCACGGCGCCUGCGAGCGGGGGCGCAGGGCAGCCCGGGCCAGUCGCGAUCGUCGCUGCGGCGACACGCGAGUCUGCGGCCCGCACAGUGUGCGACGACGCGGCGACAGAGGUGGCGUCGGCCGACGCGCUGCGCCGGCGCGCCGACGCCUACGGGCGUGCGCUCGCUUUGGCUUUGCCACGGUCGCGGCCGUUCGGGCUCAGCUCCGCUGUCGGUCCUUUCGGGAGGGACGCCGACCGCGCUCCAACAGCAGUCGGCGGCGCCGGAGCUUGGCGCUCCCUGCAUCUCGGCUCGCUGCACCUCGCCCUCGAUGACCUCCUGCUCGGGGGCACCGCCGUGCUGCACCCGCGCGCAACGGUGCCGGCGGGCGGGAAUUUGCCGCUUCUCAACGCCGACAACUCGGCGGCGGCGUGGGCCACCGGCGUGCAUCCCCGCCCAGUGUAUCGCCGCAAGCACUCCCUCACCUCCAAGCGCCGCGCGCAGCACCUCAUCAAUCGCUUCGACAUCAAUGUGCUCACCGCCCCAUCCGACGGCUGGGCUGCGCUGGCUGCCAGCUUGCCAGGCGGCAGCCUUCGCGGGAUCGCCUUGGGUGCCCUCUGCGUUGCGCCACCACUUCCGCCAGGAGACGGUCCAGCGACGGCGCCCGGGCUGCUCAGCGCAGCGUGCGAGCUGAUGCGAGUCGAGCAGCCCUUCAGGCCGCGAGGGAGGGGCGCGGUCAUUUGGUCGCUGAGCCGUUCUGCUGUGCCAUGCUGA